CAGCGUCUUUUGUUGAAUCUGCUAACUUCUGGUCUGUUCUGAUAUGGACUUUUUGUUGAAAGUGGCAGUUUUCCUCACUUUGGCUUUUAUUUCAUGUAUAAUAGUGCAUCCUGUUGCUGGAGUUAGAAAUUCACAAUUGCCAAGUAGGAAGAACUUGUUAGGCUCGUUGGAAAAUGAGGAUAUUGUUACCAACUUGCCUAGCCAGCCAGACGUAGACUUCCGCCAUUAUGCUGGCUAUGUCAUCGUGAAUGAAAAGAAUGGAAGAGCACUUUUUUAUUGGUUCUUUGAGGCUAUGACUCUUCCUGAUGAAAAACCAUUGGUGCUGUGGCUUAAUGGAGGUCCUGGUUGCUCUUCUGUUGGAUAUGGGGCAACACAAGAGAUUGGUCCUUUCCUAGUGGACACUGAGGGACAUGGAAUUAAAUUUAAUAACUUCUCUUGGAAUAAAGAAGCAAACAUGCUAUUCCUUGAAUCUCCCAUUGGGGUUGGUUUUUCAUACUCAAAUACAUCUACUGACUACAAUAAUCUGGGAGAUGCCUUCACUGCAAAUGACGCUUAUACUUUCCUACAUAAGUGGUUCCUCAAGUUCCCCUCAUAUAGAACACGGCCCUUUUACAUUGCAGGAGAGAGUUAUGCAGGAAAAUAUGUCCCACAGCUGGCCGAAAUGAUCAUUGACAACAACAAUGAUCCCUCCCUUCAUAUUGAUCUGAAGGGUAUUCUGCUGGGUAAUCCUGAAACAUCUUUCGCUGAAGAUUGGAGAGGUUUGGUGGAUUAUGCUUGGAGUCACGCUGUGAUAUCCGAUGAAACUUAUAGUAUAAUCAUUGAAAACUGUGACUUUAACAGCAAUGAUACAUGGAGCAAUGAAAAUUGUGAUCAAGCUGUGGACGAAGUAUUCAAACAGUACAACGAGAUCGAUAUCUUCAGUUUAUACACCUCAGUUUGCAUUGGUGAUACAGCAGGGUCAGAUGAUCAUCAAUCGAUGCAAGCUGUGAUAAAGCGAGCAUCCAACAUGGUGCCCAGGAUCAUGGGAGGUUACGAUCCAUGCAUGGAUUUGUAUGCAGAAGCUUUCUACAAUAGACUAGACGUCCAACAGGCCCUCCAUGUUUGCAACGGUCACCAGCUCAGAAACUGGAGCAUAUGCAAUUACACAUUGUUCGAUGGGUGGCCAUGGUCAGAUUCAAAGAAAUCUGUUCUUCCGAUUUACAAAAAGCUUAUCACGGUAGGAAUUAGAAUAUGGGUCUACAGUGGGGACACAGAUGGAAGAGUUCCUGUUUUGUCUACACGAUACAGCUUAAAAUCUUUGGGACUGCCCAUUGUUAAGGCGUGGAGACCCUGGUACCAUGAAAAACAGGUUGGUGGUUGGUUUCAAGAAUACAAAGGGCUUACUUUUGCAACGUUUAGAGGAGCUGGCCAUGCAGUUCCCUGCUUCAAACCAAGCAGCUCACUUGCAUUCUUCAAGUGUUAUCUUCUUGGAGAAUCCCCACCUUCGUCUCGAACAUCUGUUUAGUUGAUCCCUCAAAGAUUCUGCUAAUAUAGGUAAAAUAAGGUCUUUUGAGGGUGUUGUUCUUCCAUCUUAAAUGGUUCCUUCCUUCAACCUUACCAUGUUUGCGUGCGGAAAGUUAUGUUAAAGUGUGCAGACAUGUAGUAUCUGAAAAUCAUGAGUUUGUUGUACUAGAAAAUAAGGAGAGCCCAUAAGA